AACCGACUGCGCUUGCGUAUCCAGACGUGGCAACGGCAUCAUGGCUUCUUGGAUCAGCGACGGGAGUCGGAGGAGAGAGAUGAAAAUACACAUAUUUUUCUUGUUGGUGUGGUUGGUGUCCACACUGCAGGCCGUCAAGGUGUCUCCUCUCAUUGAGAAGAUCAGCGACCACAAAGACUUCAAGAAGCUUCUAAGGACCCGGACCAACGUCCUUGUGCUCUACACCAAGUCAGGGAGUUCUGGGGACUCCCAGCUGAAGCUUCUGUCAGAUGUUUCCCAGGUGGUGAAGGGCCAGGGGACCAUUGCCUGGGUCAACUGUGGAGAUUCAGAAGGUCGCAAACUGUGUAAGAAGGUGAAGGUGGACCCCAGUUCAAAAAGCAGUGGAGCAGAGCUCCUGCACUACAAGGAUGGGACCUUCCACAUAGAGUACAACAGACCCGCCACAUUUAAGUCCAUGGUGGCGUUCCUGAAAGAUCCAACAGGAGCCCCUCUGUGGGAGGAGAACCCCGAGGCCAAGGACGUCGUCCACGUAGAGAGUGAGAAGGACUUCCGGAAGCUUCUGAAGAGAGAAGAGAGGCCAGUCCUCAUGAUGUUCUACGCCCCCUGGUGCGGUGUAUGUAAGAGGAUGCAGCCCAUCUUCCAGCAAGCGGCCACAGAGACUAAGGGGAAAUAUGUGUUGGCAGGGAUGAAUGUGCACCCAGCAGAGUUUGAUGGCCUCAAGCAGGAGUACGAUGUCAAGGGCUACCCGACCUUCUGCUACUUUCAGAAAGGGAAGUUCCUCCACCAUUAUGAGAACUACGGAGCCACGGCCAAGGACAUCAUCGACUGGAUCAAAAACCCCCAGCCCCCACAGCCUAAGGCCCCUGAGGUACCCUGGUCAGAGACAGAGUCCCCGGUGUUCCACCUGACAGACGACUCCUUCGAUGGCUUCCUGGAGGAGCAUCCCUCGGCCCUGGUCAUGUUCUACGCCCCCUGGUGUGGCCACUGCAAGAAGAUGAAGCCAGAAUACGAUGAAGCCGCUGAGACUCUCAACAAAGACAAAAAUAGCCCUGGCGUUCUGGCGGCGGUGGAUACCACCAUCCACAAGGCGGUGGGAGAACGCUUCAAGAUCUCCGGCUUCCCCACCGUCAAGUACUUCCAGAAGGGGGAGGACAAGUACACCCUGCCCCAUCUCCGCAACAAAGACAAGAUCAUCGAGUUCCUGCAAAACCCCCAGCCCCCACCUCCUCCAGAGCAGUCCUGGGAGGACACGCCCUCCACUGUCAGCCAUCUUGGAUUGGAAGACUUUAGAGAGGCUCUGAAGAAGAAGAAGCAUGCCCUGGUCAUGUUCUACGCUCCCUGGUGUCCCCACUGCAAGAACGCCGUCCCCCACUUCACCACAGCAGCCGACCUGUUCAAGGAGGACCGCAAGAUUGCAUACGCAGCCGUGGACUGCACCAGAGGACAGAACCACGAGCUGUGUAAACAGGAGGGGGUCGAAGGAUACCCCACCUUCAACUACUACAACUAUGGCAAGUUUCCCGAAAGAUACAACGGAGACCGAGGGGAGGCGGGCUUUAUAGGCUUCAUGCGGAGCCUGCGGGGGCGGGACCAGGAGAAGGUUGGCAAGAAGAAGGAGGAGCUAUGAGGCUGACUUGGGUGGGGAGAGCCUGUCGUUGCACUGUGACCCCAGGCCCAGCGGGGGCCAAUCAGCACUGACGUGGGAGACUUGAAAACCUCAGCGAAAGGCUAUUUUUGAUACUGCGCUGACCAUGUUUGUUAUACCAGCGGAGUAACCUACCGUCAGACCACUUUUUUUUUUUUCUCUCUCUUCUCAUUAGUACUUUGAUGGACCAAACAAAAAAGCUUAAUCAAAACAGAAAAACAAAACAGAGUUUUUGCCCAAAUACUGUGACUGCAUUUGUGAAAACGACAUCUUACUAUACUGUAUCUAUGCAAUACUGCUCCCUGCUUGCCCAACCCUGGGUAUCUGUGAAAGUGGUGUUUGGUGGUCUGGGGAUGGAGGAGGGCUGUGCUUGUCAUUGGCAUCCACCCACCCACAGCCAGCUACACAUUAUACCACAGGGGUCACGCGUUAGCAUUCUUAGCUCUGUGUGUUCUUUUGAAGAGGAAUCCAAUACAAUAUAGGUAUACAGCUUUUUCCCCCCCCCAAAAAAAUAUUUUUGUACAGAACUGUCCUGUAGGAAGACUGAACCCAUGUUAAACCUUCAUGGUGGAAUUGCUCCAGUAUAGACGACUGGGACUGUUCACGAGUCUGAAUGCUGUAUUGAUUGUUCCAAACUGAGUAACACUGAAGUGGAAUCACAUUCUCUAUUUCAAAGCUGUUAUGUGUCGUCUCGCUUUAAAGAGAAAACGUAUCUAGUCUCUCAAAACAGUGGCCUUAAAUGUUAUUAUGGAAACGAGUUACAUUAUUCAGACAGAUAUGGUGACAUUCGAGGUGCGGAGCUCUCUGGGGGUAAUGUUUCAAAGCCUGGUGCUUGUCAAUCUCCACCUUUUUGGAAGUUAAUCUGAACAGACAUUAGCGUGAAUGUCAAAAAAGUCAUUUGAACUGUGUUGCAUUUGCAGAGGCUUAGUGUUGUAAUUCUGCACUAUACCUAGUGUUACCUCUUUACUAUGACCCUACAUGUAUAUGAUAGAGAUGAGGUAUUUAAUUCAUCAUUAGCCUCAUAGCUUUGGAGAGACCUGCAGGCUUAAGAUGAUUCCAGUGAUUCCGUCUGGCCCAGUCUGUCGCAUUGUAAUGUGUAUUGCAUUUUCUAACUGAACCGCACCAAGGAGAUAAGGGUGAAUGGAUAGUCCAGUCAGCCUCAUUCAGAUCUUUGUUUUGUGAGUCCUUCUGGUCUACCGUCCGUCUUCACAUUUGAUAGAUUCAGGUCAUUCUAGCCGAUGAUGAGAUCCGAGCUUGCAGAAUGCACAAUGUGCACAGACCAGGAAGCAUUUUAAAACAUAGGGGCCAUCCUCCUCCCUGAUGUGGCCUGGUGUGCAGCAGUUCAGUCUGGGCAGUGUCAUCCCUUGUGUUCCAACUACGCUGAUCUGAGGGGCGGGGAAGUCAAUGAAGCCCACAGACUUUUCUUUCAGAGCCUGGUACUAUCAUCCACUCGAGCCCUCAUCACUACCUUUGUGGCGACUUCAAUGCUGUGUGUUUCCGACUCCCUCGCUUAGGCCUCGAUAAAUAUUUAAAAAUGUAUCUGUAGCUGGAGUUGUGUUUUAUUAUUCAGGAGUUUUGUUCCUUUAUUAUGAAUAAGGUUCUCAGGGAUAGCGAAACACAAUUAAGGGAACUAGCUCGUUUUUGUCAUUUGCAUUCCAAUUUGGUGUGGAUGAGCUCUAGUCGCCAAAUUAAGAAUUGUUUACAUUUGCCUCCAAGAAAUAGAACAAAAUAAAUAGAUUAAAUUGUCCAGUUUACAUUUCCUGUGUCAAAUGAUGGCAGGAUGUAUAACAUAGAACAUAUUGACCUUAAUGGGGGUUAAUGAACAGACUCUUAGUGGAUGUCGUUGGAUUUUAAAUGGGGCAGUUUCAAAUGGUCAGUCUGACUGCUGGCUGAUGUUGAACACUGUUGUAAAUGUUUAAUGUUAUUACUUUAUGGGUAUGAAAAACAUGCAGAAACUAGCUGCAGAAUCACAUCAUGUUGGGAGAGUGCUUUACGUAGCUAGAUUUUCACAAUGCUGUUUUAGGUGUUUGAUUUUGUUCCAUGUCAGCCAGAAAUGGCUUUGUUUUACUCUUAUUCAGUUGGCUUCUUCACUUGUUGAGGCUUCUUCAGUUUUAACAAGUAGGAUUUAUCAUUCGGACAGCUCUGUCCUAUCCCAAAGGUCUCCAUUUUGUGUGAAAAAAACCCCACAAACUUAUGCCAAGAAGUCAUGGUUGCCUUUGUUGAUUUGUGUGCACAGCCAUAUGUACAGUUUAGCCCAGUACAAAUGAGGACCUUGCAAAAAAUAAACUCAUUAGUUUCCAAAA